AUGGCAUAUAUAUUUGCUAUCCCUUUUAAUUCGCUUUCUUCGUCUGUUACUGUGUUCAAUGGAUUGAACUUCUCUGAAUGGCGUGAACAAGUCCAGUUCCACUUAGGUGUGAUGGAUCUUGACUUGGCUCUGCUAAAUGAUAAGCCCGCUGCCAUUACUAAUUCGAGCAGUGCGGAUAAGAAGUCUUUCUAUAAAGUAUGGGAACGCUCUAACAGGCUAAGCCUUAUGUUUAUGCGAAUGACUAUUUCCAACAACAUUAAGAGUACUAUUUCACAAACAGAAAGUGCCAGGGAAUACCUGAAGUUUGUGGAAGAACGUUUUCGUUCUGCAGAUAAGUCUCUCGCUGGUACACAAAUGGCUUAA